AUGUAUUCUGUUAUCAGAUUCAAAAAAACCGGCGAAAUCUAUCACUACUACUGGACACCAGUGAAAGAAUACCCAAAUCUGAUAAAAAUUUCGUACCACGGAACCUAUCGAGAUGAAAUCGACCCGGACGAGCGAGAUGAUCCAGAAAAAGAGUCAUCUAAACGGGCAAAAGAUCAGCUGGAAGAUCACAAGAGGAUAAUUGACCUUCAUUUCGAAGGAAUUGACUCAUCCAAUCCAGUUAUCGUUGAGCCCUGCAUGUAUACUAACACGCCUGACAACGACUUCAUCCUCGAUGUCCACCCAACAAUGAAAAAUGUCGUCAUCGGCGCAGGAUUCUCCGGUCAUGGAUUCAAAAUGUCGCCAGAAACGGGUGAAAUUCUAGCGGAUCUCGCGCUUGAAAAAGAGCCUGCUUAUGAUAUGAGCUUUUUCUCACUCGAUCGAUUCAAUAAAUAA